CCAGAUGCAGAUUCUUUUAUUAUUGUAUUCUGAAUGUUUCGUGUCCAUUUUUGCCCUUUCAAGCCAUCCAGGGCUGUGGUUGAAGUCUUUAACUUGGUUACUAUCAGCUCAGAACAGUUUCAAGUUUCAUCCCACAAUCCAAGGCUGUUUGCCACUGAUCACGUUCAUUUGAUCAGGCAGUAAUAAUACAUUAAAUUAAAGUGAAAGAAAACGCCAGUCAAACAUUGAGUCGGUCAUCUAAAGUCUAUAAUGUUAUAAGUUGUAGAGAAUCCGAACUCCAACACGUUCCGCUAUCCCACUUGUUCUUUUUAUUUUCAAAUUUUUUUAAUCACUAUUUCGACGCGAAAGCAAUUCAAUCCUGACCGUUGAUUCUUAAAUCAAACAAGAGGAUUAAAAAACAAAAUCCAAUAAUCUGACGGCGUCAGUCAAAUUAAAGAGCGCCAAAACUUCGCGGUCGCUCAAAACGAUUCAAAUUUCAAAGAAAUCUCCAAAAUUCGAAAACCAAAUAAACAUCACAGCUAAAACAAAAGAGAGCUCCCUCCGUCUCUCUCUUUUCUUAUCUGAUUUUCAAAAGAAAAUUUUAAAAAAGGGUACAGAGAAAUUUCACCAUUCUUUUUCUUCUUCAAAUCCCAGGUACUUACAAACAAUCUUCUAUUCCAGUUAUCUUUCAAGAGAACUGUUCCUUUUCUCGGAUUGUUCUUCUGUAUUAUAUUAUAUCAUCAAUUUGUAAUUUGUUUUUCUUGGUUUUCAUUUCCUUGCAUGUUUGGGAUUGCCUCCUCAAUUCUUUGAGUUUUUGUACCCUGUUUAACUUAAUAUGUAUCAAACUAUACUAUGAGCUGCUUCUUUUAGAUCUUAGAUUUCGGAUGCAAUCUAGUCAAAUUAUGUAAAAGAGAAGCAAAGAGGGGAACUUUCUUUCUGGGUCUUCAGCUUUCUCCCAAAAUCCAUAGGUUUUUUUUUUUCUUUUAACUUAUCCAAGAAAGUUUACAAUUUUCCAUGGAAUUUGAGUACCCAAUUUAGAGGAAGUAAAAGGAAUAAGAGAAGAGGGGAAUUUUCUUUCCGGGUCUUAAGCUUUCUGCCAAAAUCCCCAUUUUUUUUUUUAACUUACCCAAGAAAAGUUACAAAUUUCCAUCUAAUUUGAGUACCCAAUUUAGAGGGAAAAAAUAGAACAUGGUGAGGGAGGAAAGAGUAGAAUCGUUUUACGCAAGGCUUAGGGAAUCGGUUAGGGCAUCAUCUCUCUCUCCUUUGCUCAUAUUCCCUUCAACCUCUGAUGUGGACUCUCUCUGUGCUCUCAAAAUCAUUUUCCACAUUCUUGAAUCUGAUUCAGUCCGGUACUCGUGUUAUCCGGUGUCUUCUUUUCAAGAAAUCCGAGAAUACGCUGGUUCUGAUUUGAGUUCUUCCUCUGAGGAGCCUGUUACCAUGCUUUUGAUAAAUUGGGGAUGCCACCGUGACCUCCAGAAGGAUCUUAAGUUAGGGCCUGCUGCGCGGGUUUUUGUUGUUGAUAGUCAUAGGCCGAUUCAUUUGCACAACUUGAGUGACCAGAAUGAUCAGGUUGUUGUUCUUUAUACAAAUGAUGAUGAGCGGUUGGCUGAUUUGGCGUAUGAUUUUGAAGUUAUGGAGUUGGCAAAUGCUAGCUAUUGUUUACAUAAUUCAGAGUUGGAUAGUGAAGAAGAUGAAGAUAGUGAAAGCGAGGACGAGGAUGAAGACGAGGAAGGGGGGGAUAGGGAUGGGUCUAGGAAAAGAAGAAGAAUUUCUUCAGAAGGUGAAGAGGAGCCAGCAUCUCGGCGUUUUAAGAAAUUGAAAAGGGAUUAUUAUCGUAUGGGAACUUUCCAUGGUAAGCCGUCGGGGUAUUUGAUGUAUGAUUUGUCGCAUUCUUUGAGGAAAAACACAAAUGAGUUGCUUUGGCUGGCUUGUGUUUCACUUACUGAUCAGUUUGUUCAUGAGAGGCUAACAGAUGAGAGGUAUGAAGCUGGGGUUAUGGAGCUUCAGCAGCACAUUAACAGUUUGGGGAAUUUGGAUGCAGUUACUUCGGUGACUCUUAAAGAUGGGACCAAGGUUCGAGCACCUGAUUCCUCAAGAAUUGCGUAUGAAGAAGAACCAAGACUUAUGUUGUUAAGAGAGUGGAAUUUAUUUGAUUCAAUGCUGUGUUCCUCAUACAUUGCCCCUAAGUUGAAGACGUGGAGUGAUAAUGGAAUGAAAAAACUGAAGCUUCUUCUUGCACGGAUGGGGUUUGCACUUGUGGAUUGCCAGCAGAAGUUUCAGUACAUGAAUAACGAAGUGAAACAGAAGAUGAAAGAUCAAUUUGAACAAAUUUUGCCUGAAUAUGGGCUUAAUGAUUUCUACUACAAAAGUUUCUUGCGUCUUCAUGGUUAUACUUCAAAGGUCUCAGCUGCAGACAUGGUAUAUGGAGUUACUGCACUGCUUGAAUCAUUUGUGCAAUCAGAUGGCUCUUGUGCUUCGAAGCAGUUUGGGGUGGCAUAUGAUGCACUGUCCCUAAGCAAUCUUGAUAAGCUGAAAGCUGGAAUGCAACAAGCAAUCAAGAUACAAAGGGCUAUUCUUAGGCAAGGAAGUGCUGCAAUAACAAAGAGUGGCUGUAUCAGGAGUGGGAGAAAGUUUAGGUGGGUGAAGCUUGACGAUUCAGUAGAUACAAAGCUGUUGGGUCAACCCCAGGCUUUGACUAAGUUCUGCUACUUUCUAAUGGAUGCCCUGAAGGAGAAAGGAGCUAGGCUGAAGCCUUUGCUUUGUGCCUGCAUAUGGCAAGAGUCAGCUAAGGUGUUGAUUGUUGGGGUCUGUGGAAAGCCUCGCCUUGGAGCAUUUCAGGGGAAUGCGUUUGGUAUUGCGUUCAGGAAUGCCGCUGAGGAAACUGGAGCCGAAUUCUUCCAUGAGCUCUUUGAAUCUUCAUGGAUUGUGUUGGAUGCAGGUGCUGUUAAUUCUUUCAUGGUCAGAUUAACUGAAAAGCUUUGACGUAAACCUUUAAAUAUGUCAGCAAUUGUAACUUCGCUGUGUUAUUGUCAAAAGAUAAACAUUUGUUCAUUACUUUGAGUAACUUUUUAGCAUGUUUGAAAUAAUUCAUAAAUAAAAAUCUAA